GAAACAUUGAGGUUAAGCGCGUGGCAGUGACAGGAGACUUUUAAUAGGAAAAGAUCGAUUCAGCGCCAUCCACUUCAUUCCACUCUGUCGUUACGUAAUCGGGUGUUUUACCACCCUGACGCAUCGUGUUGCUGUUAAUAAUGUCAGAGGUGUCACAUAUUUUACCCACGCAGCUUCAUUUCAUAAAGUAAAGUGGGUGAUUAGAUGAAUCUGCAAAAACGUAAUAGCAGUUUAAAGCGCAGAAGUUUCUGCUUCUCAUGGGCGUCGGUGGCCGCUGCGCUUCUUCCAGGAAGUGUCAAACUUUUUAAAGGCGUGAUCCGCUUGAGUUGCGUUGUAACAACAACAACAAAACUAAUCUGCGGUGUUAAUCUGCGAUGUUUGUUUGGCCCUCUGUCCUUCGGCUGUAAGAUCAUACAAUUAGAGCCCCUGUACACGGACGGAUCAAUACGUUUUCCAUUAAGAGGCCGCAUUAACAGAGCGUUUGGUUUUUCUCUCCCAGUGGCCGGACUGAGUGGUCAGCUGCCGGAGGGAGGAAGCUCUGGCGCGUGAACUUUGUGCUGUAUGAAGGUUUACCUGUGUGUUUUACCUCAGCUUGUUUUGGUAAUAAUCACAAAGGCUGUAAAAUGAGGUUGUCUAUAUAAAAUUGCCAGAAUGGAAAGUGUUUCCAGCAUGUUUGAAAUCAGUACAUUUCAUAAACCGGUAUAUAACCAAAGGUGGAAGAAGCAUUCAGAUCAUUUUCUUAAGUAAAAGCACCAAAACCACAGUGUUAAAAUACUACAAAACUAAGUCCUAACGUACACAGAAAGCACCAGCAAAAAGAAGCUAUUUAAAGUAUAAAAAGUACUGCUAAAAUAUGCCCUAGCUCUGACUGAUAUACUAUUAUACAGUAUAAUCCAUCAUUGUUAAUUGAUGCAUCACUGUGCAGCAGUUUACUGCAGAUGGUUGAGGUGGAGCCACUUUAACUACUCAUCAUAGCUAAAGAAAAAAGUUUUGAUACACAAUUUGUAUUCUUCAGUUUGUAUUUUUGUUAGUUUUUUUUUUCACUUUUUUAAGUUUUCUAUAAUCUUUACCUUUCUUUAAUGAAAUGGGCUACUUGAUAAUCUCCUUGAGAAAUGAUUUAAAUGAACCAAUCGGAGAAGUUUAGAGGAGACAUCUGUUUUUUGUGUGACUGCUAACAGCUAGAAGAUGUUUCAGAUCAAGGAGUCCAACAACACAUUGCUUGAUUGUAAAGGGUCACAAGCCAAAUGGUUGUGAAUCACUAUUUUAAUCUUUAUCAUGGAUUAACAUACAUAUUUUAAUGUAAAAUCUCCAUCUGUAAUGUGCCACCUAACUAAAGCUGUUGAAAGUUGCAUAAAAUGAGAAUACUCCUGUAAAGUGCCUCAAAAUACAGUUGUUUGGUAAAUGCAUGUAGUUACUUUCCACCCGCUGUGUAUUACUGAAUAUAGUGGCAUUUUGAGUGAAGAGCUGACCUGCUGUGCUUGUCAACAGUCUGAUAUUCAUACCUCUGUUACAUGAGCUUCAGCAACUGUUUGCCUCUGAAAAUGUGAUUUCUUUAAGCACUUUUAUGUUUGAAGUGACUGUGCAAAGGCGCUUUACAUGCACUCAGACUGCAGUUACACAACCCCUGGGACAGUGAGAGAGAGAAAUGGAGUGAGAAGAUCAGUGGAAAACAGGAAUCACAGUUUUAGCUCGGUCAAAUCAAAUAAGAGCCAGUAACUGUAAAUGCUCCAACAUCCUGCUGGAAUUUCCUGUACUUUGUUGUUUUUGUUCUCAAAUAUUACUGGGGAAUUAUGCAAAUAUUACACAUUUUAUUUCACAAUUAUGGCAGUUUUAGACCUUUGUGGUUGAUAUUCAAAGAAUGCUCAUUUAAAGGAAUAGUUCAACAUUAUGGGUAGCAUGCUUUCUCUGCUUUUUUGCUGAGAGUCGCUAAAUGUGAAGCUACAGCCAGCGGCUGAUUAGCUUAGUUUAGCAUAAAGACUGGAAACAGGGGGAAACUGUUAGCUUGGCAAAGAUAAAGCUCACUGUUUAACAUGUUGGAUCUUGUUUGUUUAAUCAGGACAAAACUGAAAAAUAUGUCCCCAGUCAAACAAUGAUUGUUUUUACUUGUUGGUUUUUGCACAGAUUAAAAAAACUAGAUAAAAUAUGUUAAAUACUGAGCUUUAGAAGGAUUGCCGGCAGGUUUUGUUACCUUUGGACAGAGCUAGGCUAACUGCUAAGCUAACUGGCCACUGGCUGUAGUGUGUAUUCACUGUACAGGCAUAAAAGUGAUAUGUAUGUAAGUGUAGAAAGUGUGGAAGCACAUUUCCCAAAAUGUCAAACUAUUCCUUUAAUUUUGAGACAUAAUACAGUAUACAUGUUUGGUCUGGUCUGUAUAUCCAUGUUGGAAUUUAAUCACAGUCUAGAGAUUCAUCUUGUCGGUGGACGCCUGUGGAGGUGUGCAAUGCAUCAGACUCAGAAAUGGGUGCUAUAUAUUCUCACUGCAAUCUUCCGUAGUCUGGCUAGAUACUGUAACCCCCCCCCAGGGCCGGAGCAGACCUCAGCAGAGACAGACGAACAAGCUGACAGAUUAUUUUCCAUUGUCUUGUUGCCGUGGUUACUUGCUGAGUUCUACUGGAAAACGCACCCUUGCCCAGCAAGUUUAACCUCUUUCACUUAAUCACUUCCCACGCCUGCUGCCUCAAUAUUGACUAGGCUGGCUGAGGGAGAGAGAUCACUGCUGCUUCUCCUCCAGACCAUGUUUAAAAAGUGAACAUUAAGGCCACAACUCUAAUUAAAACAUGUGACCACAGGUUCGUUACCAAGGGAUGCAACAUAAACUAUGAGUGUGGGACUGAGUUUGUGAAGUCAGUGAAUAUUUGCACCUUCACUUUGGACCAAAAUGUGUUUUCCACCCAAAAUUACACAUUUGCAGUUUUACAUCAGGACAUGUCUGAACAUGCCCAUGAAAUCAUCUGCUCCUACUCUCAGCUAUUUCUCUGUUCCUGGCCUUUGGGAGGAGUUGUUUGUAUUAGAUUAAGAUUUUCCAAGUCCAAGUGGACUUCUUGUUUUUAAGGUGAGGAAGUGCAAGACAGGAAGCAUCAUUAAAUAAACUCUUUAACCUUUUGUGUACAGUGUAACUACACUUUACAGAAAUAAUUGACUUUCCAUGUGAAAAUGAAACACAUGCAUUUACAGACAGAAUAACAACAAUACUGUUUUAUAUUAACAACCCCAACUCAAGGUCUUCACUUUCAAUCUGUCUUCAUCAGCAGAUGGCGUUUGCUCACUUGUCAUGGAAAUGGAUUUGUUCAUUUGACAUGUUGUGCUCAGUAGCUGUUAUGACUUCACCCACAGCACUUAAAGGACAUCUCAUUUGGUUUUUGCUGCGUGGUAAGAGGAGCAAGAGAGCAGGCCACAGUCCAACAACACUGCAGCAGAAGUAAUCAGUCUAAGCAAACAUGGAAAACCAGCUGCAGAGGCUUGUGGCAGAGAAGAAGGAUAUGGUGGAGACUGUGAUGGAAGUGUUUGAACAGGGAGCUGAGGUAGUGGCCAGUAUCGCUGGUGACCUCUUCCCUGUUUUCUCCAUCGCUGCUCCCAUUGUUAAACUGGCUCUGGACAACGUGGAGAGCAGAGAGGCCGAAUUCAUGAGGCAGCAGUUUCAGAAGGUACGGGAGCGUCUGGAGGUGAUGUCAGAGGAGAUUCAGCGGAUCAAUGACGAGAUAAAGAAGAGUGGAGCGGAUGCUGCGUAUUUCUCAGUGGAGGAGAACAUCACUAACCAGUUCAGGAAGUACAUGGAUAUUCUUAACGCCAAACCCAAGUUCAGGGAAGUCAAGAAGAAGCUUUUCCUGGAGCAUUUUGCCAAGACAGGUGGUGACAUAAACCUUAACACCCUCUACAACGCUGUGACGGGAGACAACUUCUCCGGGGAAUCUGUGCUGGAGAUCACACUGAACUAUGAGGAGAAAAGUCGCCGGCCGAUGGAGGACUUCUGCGCCAGGCUGAAGAAGCUUUUCUGCAUCGGACUCAUUGCACUGUUGGGCCACGCCGCCCUCAAGGGAUACGACGAGGAGGACACGCUUCUGAAAGACUGGGGUGAGAAGAUGAAGCGUGUCCAGGAAAAAAUGAACGUUGUGAUUGAAGACUGCAUCGUCAGCUUCCCCAAGCAGGCCGAGCUGGAUUCCCGUCGACUGGUGAGAGACCAGUCAAACCUAACCAGCCAGCAGUUAGCCGAUGCUAUCAUAGAGAAACUAAAGAAGAAGUAUGACUGGGUGGGCUGGUCCGUGCGUAUAUUCAGGUCCCCGUCAGGCCUGUUCGCCAACAAGAGGGAUUACCACUGCUCCACAGGGAAGAGCCGCUUCCAGGUCCCUUCAUCGGAUGAGAAACUUAACAUCUGGGUGUCCUACAGCUCCUCGGCUGAGCCUGUGGAUAGGAGUCAAAUCCAGCAGCUGAUCCAGAGUCAGAAGAGGGUCACGGUGGUGGGUGUAGCAGAGUUCCUGUUUGAGAAGUUGCCCGGCGCCUGCAUGGUCCACACGGUCAAAACCAGCAAAGACCUGGCCUGUUCCUGGAGCUUCACUGACGAGCUCCACUACUGGGACAAGCACAAUAACAUCUAUGUCUGUGUUCACUCCGCCUGAAAGGUUUAGAUGUUCAAAAAAAACCUCUCAGAAGUCACUCAAGUCUUUAUUUGGAUACUUCAUGUUUGCACAGAUAAUCUCAAGAGUCUAUUGCUGCCUCCUGCUUGACCACAGCGGUAAAAUAUUACCCAGUAUAUGCCUUAAUUACAUCUCUGUCUUUUAUAAGCAAAUUAUUCUCUUUUUCUAAGAACGUUUACUGUUAGUUUCUUACAUGAGGUUCAACCCCCAGAAACAUAAACUAGAGUAUUGACCUUUCUGAUCUCACGCAGCUGUGCUUUGCUUAUUUCACAACACAGACACCUCUUGGUUUAGCCUGUCUCAUAUUCAAGUGUCUCUUAUGAAAAGUGAUGGAUUUUGAAAUUAAACAACAUCUAAGUGGACAGUUUCUGAGGAACUCUGUCACAAGCUCUAGGGCUGUAUUUUUUGUUACAGGACGUGCUGGGAAAUUUGUAGAUUUAUCCAGCUGUCAUAAAGAGAUUAUGUUUUGCUGGUAGUGAUAAGCAGUGACCUCGCCCUGUUGAAGAUGUAUAAACCAAAAGCAGAGAGAAAAUGGCUCCAGACGUUCACAGAGACUGUAAGAGAGGCCUUCAAGCUUUCUUUUUGAUUCCACGUUUUGUACUGACAAAAUAAUAAAACCUUGUUACUGGCUGCUGUACAGCACGAACAAAGCUCAAGAAAAGCAGAGGAGACAAGGCCUCAAACAACAUUUGCUGUUCUGGACUGGCACCCAUGAAACUUUAUUUACACACCCUGCCAUGAACAAGUGAAGUGAGGGCAACACUUGGUUUGCAUGCAGAUGCCUUGCAUAGCUCUUCUUGUGUCACAUCUUUACUUAUGUCAUGGUGCAGCACAAACUGGAAACUUCAUUUACCUUAUACUUUUAUAGAGGAUUUACUUUUAUAAAGGAAUAAAAACUUAGUUGGAUUUGGGGACAUUUUGGGGGUUUGAGGUAUUUUAAGAGAAUCUAAAUUGUACAAUCUGACCAUGACACUAUGUUGUGAGAACAAAAAUGUGCCAGGAGACACUGCAGAAAUAUUCUUUACACCUGAUACACACUGACUUGUUCUGAUUGUUUUACAUAUUUUGUUGUUGUUGUUGUUGUUAUGCACCUCUGUAAUUUGUGAUUCUCUUUUGUUUUUGUUAUCUUUAUAAGUUUAGUACAAUUAUUUGAUCAUUUUAUUACUAUCUGACCAAAACUUGCCCCAUAUUUACUCAUUUUUGAUAGAUAAUGUCCAUGUUACACCUCUGAUUUGUAUUAUUUCCAUACAGUGUGUUUGGGUUGUCGGCGUCUUACAUUCAAAAUCCCGUUGCUGCACCAAAGCAAUGAAUGUAAUAAAUCUUCCAAAUAAACUCAGUGAUAAAUGA